UCUUAAAAAUAAAUUACCCGUCGACGUCCAUCUAUACACCAUAGAGGACUACACGUGUAAGCCUUACCUUUUUAAUUGCAAGUUGAGUGUAAAAAAAGAUAAGGUUAUUAUCUGGAACAGUAUUAGAAAGCUUUCUUUUUCUGAAAAUGACAUAUGCGAUUUUUUGUAUCUUCAGUUGAAUAUGUGUUACAUUGGACACAAUAAUAAUGAUUCUGUUGAGAAAUAUAUUAUUGUAUUUUUCGAUAUAACGCACACAUAUUACUUUUAUAAGUAUAUGAUGUAUUGUUAUAUAAAAGGGAGUGUGGUAAUGAAUAGACAUAUUGAUAUCUACAAAGUGGACUGCAUAAAUAGAACAUUGUAUAGAAAGACUUUGUAUGGUAUAUUAAUUUACAAUAAUAGCAAAUAUGAACACAUAUUGGUUAUUUUAAAAGAUAGUGGAGAAAAGAAGCUAAAGAAAUAUAUAAAUAUUUCUUCAUUUUUUAGAGUAGAUGAUCAGCUAGAUAAUUCAAAUGGAAAUGUUUAUGAUGUCUACAAUGAAGAUUUAUUAAUACGAAUUCUUAGAGAAUUAUAUAUUAAGAAUGAAGUAUUCUUAAUUCACAAAAUGAAUUCUAUUAAUAUUAGAUUUAGGCAAUUGGAAUCCAUAUAUGUUGAUUCGACUAAGUUUGUUUUGAAAAAUAGAUUUCAAAUAGUUGAAUAUAACUCCUUUUAUAGCGAUGGUUUUUCCUACAGAACAUUUUUCAUGAGAGAUUGUGAUGAUGACAUAUGGAGAAAAGAAGAACAAACAUGUUAUGAAGAAAUCCAAGAAAUAUCAGCUGGCAUAAAGCCAUAUAUUAAUAACAUCCAAGGAAUUUAUUAUAUUAUUUAUAGGGCACUUGAAAGGGUUAAAACAUUAUAUUGCAGGAUACCAACAGGAUAUGAAAUUUUACGAGACUUUUAUUAUGGGUCACAAAGGGAUAUAGACCGUUGUGAAGAAAUGGAUGAAGUGGAUCAUCAGAAUUAUGUAGUACGUCAAGAACAUUUCACAGUUGAUCGAGAAGAUAAUAAUGUUCAUGAAGAAAACAGAGAUUUGGAUGAGGACGAUAGGCAUAAUAGCCAAGAAACCCAUUAUGCCUUUGAAAAUAAUAACGUUGUAAGAGCUAGUUUUGAGGAUGAUCAUGAAAAUGGCAGCUUUGAUAAAGAAACUGAAAAGGUGGAACAAAUAUAUAAGAUGGAUAACAAAAUGGUUGGUAUGGAUAACCAGAUAAAACAUAUUGAAAAAAGAAUUGUUUUAAUUAAUAAACAAAUGUGUGUCAUUGAAUUACCAACACAUGGAGUUGAGUUAUCAUCACAUGUAAUUGAAUUACCAGUACAUACAUAUGAUUUACCAAUAAAUUCAAUUGAAUUAAAUAUAAAUGAAAUUAAAAUACCAAUUGAUGAAAUAAAAAUUAAAUUAUGUAAGUGUGAAAUGUUAAUAUGUAAAAUUAAAAUGCCAGUUUCUAUUACUGAAAUUCCAAUAUGGAAAUUUGAAAUUCCCAUAGGAAAAUUUGAAAUACCUAUACCUAAAUUUAAACAAACAAUACAUUGUAUUGAUCAAAAUAUUGAUGUAAUUGAUUAUAUCAUUCAUGAAGUUGAUCAAGAAAUUUGUGAUUUUAAUAGAUCUAUUUCUGAUAUUAAAAAGAAUAAUAUUAAAUUGGAUCAAUUCCAUUCCAAUGUUAUUCAAUCUCAUCAUGAUAUUACACAUGAUAAUUAUAACAUUAAUAAGUUAAAAAUAUAUACAUCUAAUAAUAUAGUUCAAAAUAAUAAUUUGUAUUAUGAAAAACUAUUUCAUAAAUUUAAAAAAUUAUUAUUUAAGAAAAUUCGAAUUGGCCAUAAUAAUACUAAAUCAUGUUUGGAUGGUGUUCAUGCAAUUAUUAAAUUUAUUAAAUGGUUCAAUGAAAACAAAAUGAAAAAGCAAACAACCUUACCACAAAAUGAAUUAAGUGGAAAAAGUGGACAAAGUGGGCAAAGUGAACAAAGUGGGCAAAGUGAACAAAGUGAGCAAAGUGAACAAAGUGAACAAAAUGAACAAAGUGAACAAUGUGAACAAAAUGAACAAAGUGAACAAAGUGAACAAAGUGAACAAAAUGAACAAAGUGAACAAAGUGAACAAAAUGAACAAAGUGAACAAAGUGAACAAAGUGAACAAAGUGAACAAAAUGAACAAAAUGAACAAAAUGAUGGUUCAGGAGUAAAUGUUCUUCCAAAGGUAUGUAAUGUUAUAGAAGUCAGUGAUGUGACCCAAAUAGGUGACGUCAUGGAAGUAAGUGAUGUGACCCAAAUAAGUGACGUCAUGGAAGUAAGUGAUGUCACGGAAAUAAGUGAUGUCAUAG